CCGCCGCGCCCCGGGGGAUGCCGAGGCGCCGGCCCCGCGGGUCGCCCUAGGGGACAGGCGCUGCCCCGGCACCGCCCGCAGCCCGCAGACCCGGCCGGGGGGAGCCGCCCCCGCCGAGCCCCGAGUGGGGCAGGGAGGCGAAGCCCGGCCCCGCACAGCCUCGGUGGCGUUGGUUUUCGUUUUUUGGUGGUGGUGCUUUGAUUGUUUUUUUCUUCUUUUUUUUUUUUUUUUUUUUUUUUUCCCCGCCGUUGUUAUUUAUUUCUGGCGAAGGAUGGAUACGUUUCUCCUGGCGUGGGGAUUUCUAGCGCUGUGCUUGCCCGGCUCCGGAGGCACGGCGGACACAGCUCAGCCAUGCGGGGGCCGCCUGAACUCCAAGGACGCCGGGUACAUCACCUCCCCGGGGUACCCCAAUGACUACCCCUCCCACCAGAACUGCGAGUGGGUCAUCUACGCCCCUGAGUCCAACCAGAAGAUUAUCCUCAACUUCAACCCUCACUUUGAAAUCGAAAAGCAUGACUGCAAGUACGACUUCAUCGAGAUCCGAGAUGGGGACAGCGAAGCAGCAGACCUGCUGGGCAAACAUUGUGGGAACAUAGCACCUCCUACCAUCAUCUCUUCUGGCUCCUCUCUCUAUAUCAAGUUCACCUCAGACUACGCGCGGCAAGGUGCCGGCUUCUCCCUGCGCUAUGAGAUCUACAAGACAGGUUCCGAGGACUGUUCCAGAAACUUCACUGCCUCCAAUGGCACUAUUGAGUCUCCAGGUUUCCCUGACAAGUAUCCACACAACCUGGACUGUGUCUUCACCAUCAUAGCCAAGCCAAAGACAGAAAUCCUCCUCCACUUUCUGCUCUUCGACCUCGAGCAUGAUCCGCUGCAGGCAGGCGAGGGAGACUGCAAGUACGACUGGCUGGACAUCUGGGAUGGCAUCCCUCAAGUUGGCCCCUUGAUAGGCAGGUACUGUGGCACUAAGAUGCCAUCGGACAUCCGCUCAACCACCGGCGUCCUCUCGCUCACCUUCCACACUGACCUAGCGGUGGCUAAAGAUGGUUUCUCUGCUCAGUACUACUUGAUCCAACAGGAAGUUCCUGAAAACUUCCAGUGCAACGUGCCGCUGGGGAUGGAGUCUGGCAGGAUCUCCAACAUGCAGAUCAGUGCCUCUUCCACCUACUCAGACGGGCGAUGGACGCCCCAGCAGAGCCGGCUCAACAGCGAUGACAAUGGCUGGACCCCCAAUGUAGACAGCAACAAAGAGUACCUCCAGGUGGACCUCCACUUCCUGACUGUGCUCACAGCCAUUGCCACACAGGGUGCCAUCUCCAGGGAAACCCAGAACGGGUACUAUGUCCGUACCUACAAGCUGGAGGUCAGCACCAAUGGUGAGGACUGGAUGAUGUAUCGCCAUGGCAAAAACCACAAGACAUUUCAGGCCAACGAGGAUGCCACGGAGGUGGUUCUCAACAAGAUCCACAGCCCAGUGCUCACGCGUUUUGUGCGCAUCCGUCCUCAGAGCUGGCACAACGGCAUUGCCCUGAGGCUGGAGCUGUACGGCUGCCGCAUCACCGAUUCGCCCUGCUCCAACCUGCUGGGGAUGCUCUCCGGCCUCAUCCCUGACUCACAGAUCUCGGCCUCCUCCAUCAGAGGCUACGACUGGUCUCCCAGCAUGGCCCGCCUGGUGAGCAGCCGCUCAGGCUGGUUUCCACGUGUCCCCCAAGCCCAGCCAGGGGAGGAGUGGCUGCAGGUGGACCUGGGUGUCCCAAAGAAUGUCAAGGGCGUCAUUAUCCAGGGGGCUCGCGGCGGGGACAGCGUGACCACCACCGAGUCCCGCUCCUUUGUGAAGAAGUUUAAGGUAGCCUACAGCAUGAACGGAAAGGACUGGGACUUCAUCCAGGACCCCAAAACAAUGCAAGCCAAGCUUUUUGAAGGCAACAUCCACUACGAUAUCCCUGAAGUCCGGAGAUUUGACCCUGUUCCUGCCCAGUAUGUCCGAGUGCACCCGGAGAGGUGGUCCCCAGCAGGAAUAGGAAUGCGCCUGGAGGUGCUGGGAUGCGACUGGACAGACGUGAAGCCCACUGCAGAGACACUAGUGCCCACUUUGAAGAGUGAAGAGACCACCACCCCAUACCCAACGGAUGAGGAGGCAACUGAGUGUGGUGAUAGCUGUGGAGAAGAGGAGGAUUUCCAUCUCCCUGCAAACUUCAAUUGCAACUUUGAUCUCCCUGAAGACCUAUGUGGUUGGUCACACGACUUGGCAACGGGGUACACGUGGUCUUUUCAGCCUACAAGCACCUGGACUGGCAACUCUGAACCAAGUCCUGAGACCGUGCCUGAUGGCAAGAAUUACCUGCAGCUGCAGAGCAGCGGAAGGAGGGAAGGCCAGCGUGCCCGGCUCAUCAGCCCCACCAUCUAUCUGCCCCGGAGCGCCGUCUGCAUGGUCUUCCACUACCAGGCAUGGGGCAGCAACGGGGUGAUGCUGCGGGUCUGGCGGGAGGCCAGCCAGGAACACAAGGCGCUGUGGGUCAUCACGGAGGACCAAGGGGAGGAGUGGAGGGAAGGCCGCAUCAUCCUGCCGAGCUACGACAUGGAGUACCGGAUAGUGUUUGAGGGAUUUAUACGCAACGGCCACUCGGGAGAGCUCGCCCUCGAUGACAUCCGGCUGGGCACCGACAUCCCACUGGAGAACUGCAUGGAACCCAUCACAGCUUUCCCAGUGAACUUCCCAAGAAUGGAGGAUGACUUUCCGAUCCCUGAGCAAGGCUUUGAAGACAACGAUGAUACCGAUUACUUUGGAUCGGAUAGGAACGACACACUGUUCUCUACUAACUCUCCAGGAACCCCGAAGCUGGAGAAAGAAAAAAGCUGGCUCUACACCCUGGAUCCGAUCCUGGUGACCAUCAUAGCGAUGAGCUCCCUCGGCGUCCUCCUUGGGGCCAUCUGUGCUGGUCUGCUGCUCUACUGCACGUGCUCGUAUGCAGGGCUGUCCUCGCGGAGCUCCACCACGCUGGAGAACUACAACUUUGAGCUGUACGAUGGCAUCAAGCACAAGGUCAAGAUGAACCACCAGAAGUGCUGCUCGGAGGCCUGACAGGUGCCCUGGGGAUCACCCUUGGCAUUGCGCCUGGUGAGGUGGGCUGGCAGGGGGUUACUUUUUUUGCUGUUUUCUAUGGGAACUGAAUGCCAUAAUGGGAAACAAGUGGCGUGGGAGGUGCAAGGGGAAGCACUGCUCCCACCGCCAGGUCCCGUCAGCGGGUCGCGCUCCACCAGGACCGAGCGGGUGUCCCAGCGAACCGGACUGUGCCGGGCGAGGGGGCACCAAGACCCUUGUUUGUUGGUUCAUCUUCAUUUUCUGCUGAUGUGAGUGGCUGAGACGUGGUGAGGGAGGCUGGUUUACCUUUCGGAUGUGAGAAACUAGUUGUCGAUCGUUAUUUUCCACUUCCUUUCUCUGAUGAGUUGCUGAGAAGGCUGAGGGCUUUCUUCAGCCGCCCUGUCUUUAGAAAUGACACACACACGCGCACACAGAGACCCUGUCCAUUUUAGACCCUGUCCGGAUACUGGUUUGGCCGUAGGAUUUGUGCACUUCAUACAAAACCCAGGAAGCUGCAGUUUCCAGUCCUGCAUGUAAAAGCCUGUUGUUACCUUUCGCUUUCCUUCUCCUGGCAGGGGGGAGAGAUAGGAUGAUGGGUUUGGUGUCAAUGGUAACAACAGCGCUUUCUAAGUCAUUAAGGAAUAAAAUAGAAAGGAACCCUAUGUGUAGAAGCACCUCUUUGAGAGAAGCUGAAGAGCCUUAAAGUGAUUUGUGAAUAAGAGCCAUUUAUUAAAUCCAAAUCUUGGAUUGAAACAGCCGAGGCCUUCAUGAGGAAGGCCUUUCUUUGAAUCUCCCACCCUUCUUGAUCCUGCCCUUUUUCCUUUCCUUUUUUCUUUUCCUUUUUUUUUUUCUUUUAUUUUUUUAUUUUUUAAUUUUUGUUAUAAUGAGAAAAUUGCAGCAAACAAAAGACAGAGUCUGCCAGGUUCCCUGCGCUCAGGCGUUCAGAAGGGAGCUUCGCUGGGGCUUGGACUCAAGGCACGGUGCCAAGGCCUCCCACAGGUGCCAGGGAGGGAAGACGAAGGGUAACAGAGGCUGGAGCCAUGCCUGCCGCCCCAGGGAGCCCCACCAUGUGCCCCCUGCUCCCAGGGGCUGCAGGGCACAAGCUGGCACCGCCAGCACCUAUGGACCAAAUUGCUGCCAUCUUCUCAUCCCCUUCAGAGUAGACCGGCACCGCUCCUGGUCAGUAGCAAAAACGUGAAGUUUUAUUUCUGAGCUGUGUUUUGUCUUAGUUUAAACAAGUGCCUUAGAAGAAGUAUUUUUCCUCCAUCUGAUGACCAGUGCUGUAUCGAACAACAAGUGAGGUCUUCAUCCUUCCCCGGCAAGACGCUGUUCUUCAUGGCUCGAUGCUGGGCGCAGCCCGGCCGAGGAGCCUGGUCCUUCUACUUUCAAGUGGUCUGGCUACAUCGUCCACAGCUGACACCUCCCCACCCAGCUGUGCUGUGUAGAGGAGUGCUUGGAAAACAAGCUAAUGGAGAAAAAGAGUUCAAAUGCUGGGCCCCAAACCAAUGCCUUCAUUUCCAGGUUAGUACAGAUGGAUUGCCCGUAUCAGCUUGCACAUACAUAAGGAAGAAACUUUUCCAGCACGCUGGAUUUGUUUUUUCAGGAGCUCUUCAAAAAUACCUGUAACGUCCUGGUUUUACAUUUUGCCUAGCAUAAUAUUAUGGGUUGGGGAUGGAUUUUUUUUCUCCUUACUGACUGCAGAGCACUGUAGGUGUGAUGUGCUGCAAAGCUUGGUUUACACAGUCCCUGCAAACACAUCCUGCAGCAGGCCAGGUGUUCGGGGAGACGAGUAACAUCUGGAGAGGAGAUGAACACGGACAGUGCCACAGAUGUUCUGUGCUGCUGUGGGAAUAGAAACAUUUGUCUAGUGUUUCAUGAAAAGCUCCAUCAGACAGUAAGUUUUUAGGCGGAAAAAAAGACUUACCCACUCUAAGAAGUACGCAUGUUUUACUGGUGAAGCAGAUGCUAGCAGCUGUGUCAGCCAGACAUCCACAUUUCAUACACACACACACAGACUCAGACACACACACAGUCCUUUAUUUUUUUAAUUCACACUGUGUGCCCGACAGGAAUGGCAGUAAGCCUAUCUCAGAUUCUCCUCUUGAGUCACCUUAUUUCUUCUGGCAUUCUUCAUGUACAAAUUCCACAUGGGUGUUUUCCUAUACGGAAGGAAAGUGGGCAGUAAGAGGAAAUGUACCAGACCAUUUCAAAGCUGGAUUACCGCUGCUCGAUGGUUUUAUCCCCUUCAAAUCACAGGAAAGGGGAAGGAUGAAUGGAAAAGGACCAUACAGUAGAAAAGUCAACUUAGGCAAACAAUAGGUGAAAAUAUAUAAUUAAAAAGGUAACGUUAUGGUGUCUAGUAGGCAUACAGAGAGAAGAGUUCGUAUAUACAUAUAUUCAGAAAUAGUGUGUUUGCACACGCACGUGGAUUCUCUGUAUGUAUUGUGUACGUGACUUAUUCCGUGGGACUGACUCGUGUUGCUGUAUCUCUUGAUCCGGGGCAGGAGAGCACGGCUGGUCCUGGCGCUACCUUGGCAUGGGCCUGGGGAAGCUGCGCACGGGGCUGGAAGCGGCCGCCCCGCAGGUCCCGCUGGCCCCUGGCAGGUGGUGCAGGGACCACGCGUGCACUUGCUGGGCAGGAGCAGGCCGAUAAUGCUGCAAAGCCGAUACCUCACUUACCUCUGCUGGGUGCUUUACUGUUCUACUACAGAAAACUGUGUUUGAUUGUAACUUCAACAGGGAAAAAAAAAAAGGUCAUCAGUGCAUUCAACUCAUUGCAUCCUCCUCUGCAAAUAUAUUAGGUUUGCUGAUCUCAAUUCCCUUUGUGAAAUUCAGAAGAAAAAAAAAAUCAGUGUUAAUGCCUUUGCUGAAAUGGGCCAUUGCCUCCACACCCUUCUAAUGGUGAGGACGUGUGGCCAGCAGGCGGGCUGCAACGCAGAGUGAUUUCAUUUUGUGGGAAGGUGCUGGGGCUGAGCAUGGGAAUUAAACCAUUAAGAAAUUAUAUGCAGAAAUGGAACUUCUCCAAGGUUUGCAGUUCAAGGUGUUUGACCAUUCACUGGCUGAGCCAGGACUUAUGGACUUAAAGAGCUUUUACUGUGAUUCUUCGGUGUAAAAAAAAAAAAAAGAAAGAAAAAAAAAGAAAAAAUCAAACUGUGUUUAUAUGAUUUGUAUAAAAACCUUUUAAAAUUACUAUUUAAUAAACAUUAUGGUAGA